GACGGAUUAUUUAUCGAUUCAUCAGUCACUUUCAUCCGUAUCGUUCAGAGAUACAAAACACUGAUUCAUCUCAAUUGAUAUGUCCUAUUGAUUGGAAAAUUUCUGAAAUGUGAACGCGAACGCUAAUUCGUUUUGGUGAAGUUGGUUGGUUGGUUGAAAGAGAGGAAAGAUGUACGAAUAUAAUGCAUAACAGGAAUAGCCAGAAGGUAGUGGCAACAAUGAUGAGAAUAUCAGCACUGGCCAAUAUUGUGCAACGAUUCGGUAGCCGAGUUCGUGAAGCCUUGGCGACGGCCUCUGAGGCUAUUUCAAACGCCGUUGUCGAUAAUGAUCCCAUCACGACACCCGUGGAAUCCAUGUCUCGUUUUAUCAAGGAUAUGAAUGAGAAGGGUAUGGCAGGCCUGGCCUCAGAAUAUCGUAAAAUUGACAUGGAAGAUGCACCAUUCGGCUCUCACAAAGCGUUCUUAAUGAAUAUGUCUAAAAAUCGUUAUUCUGAUGUACUAUGUGUUGAUGAAACGCGAGUAGUUUUGAAAAUUGGAUCAGCCGCAAGUGGUGAUUAUAUUCAUGCAAAUUAUGUGCUGUUUUCCGAAUUGCAAAACAAAUUUAUCUGUACUCAGGGUCCUUUACAAACAACUAGAGAUGAUUUCUGGCGAAUGGUAUUUCAGGAACGUGCUGAAACAAUUCUGAUGCUUUGCAGACCAUCUGAAGAUGGUAAACCGAAAUGUGCGGUGUACUGGCCGGAGAAUGGCGAUAAAUUGGAACUUAGCACGGUAGAUGUUGAGAAAGUUGGUGAGGAAAACUCUGAUUUCGAGAUUCUACUUUUCAAAGUACAGCUCAAAGAUGAAUUCAAGCAGUCGCCCUCUGUAAGCAACAAGGAUCCACUAGUAGUGAAACAAUAUCGAUGGAGCACGUGGCCUGAUCGUGGAAUUCCAAGUCAUGAGAAUGCGAUGAUCCCUUUGAAGUUGUUAUCAUUGGUAAGGAACACUGGAGCACCAUGUGUUGUGCAUUGUUCUGCUGGGAUCGGACGAACUGGUACCGUUGUGGCUAUUGAACUAGGUAUCAGGCGGUUUCACGAUGGCCGCAAACUUGAUCUGGCAAUGCUUGUUAAAGAUCUCAGAAAGAAACGGGCACAAUGUAUACAAACCGAAAUUCAGUAUUUGUAUUUAAGUCGUGUGUUAACCGAAUAUGCUUUGAGUUCCGGUGAACCACUGUCUGAUGAUGUGCGUCGUGCAGCAGAAUCAUUUCUCAAAGAAUAUGAUUCUAAAAUUAAGAAAUAACGCUAUUUAAGGUUUGGUUUGAAAUUUAUAAUCAUGUGGGAAUGAAGGGAAACACCUGAAAACUUUUAAUUUUUCAAAAGCUUAUGGAUGCUCGCCUUGAAUGUGAAUUUCGACUGAUGAAACCUUACACAGUUAUUGCUUACACUGUCUUUAACUGUUAUUGUCGAUAUUUUAUCAGUUACUUAUCACUCCGUUGUCAGUUAAAUUCUUAAGUUGCCAUUGAAAGAGCC